AUGGCCCUACGGGGGCUCCGCCAAGAACAGUUCUGGAGGUCUGUGGCUCUUUUUAUGGACUAUUCUAUACCAUUAAUAAGUACCUUGUUCUGUGGACAUUUGGGAAGGACAGAGCUUGCUGGUGUUGCUCUCGCCAAUGCUGUUAUAAAUGUCACAGGUGUUUUUGUAGGAGUUGGGUUAUCAGCAGCUUGUGACACGUUAAUUUCUCAGACUUUUGGAAGUUGCAAUGUGAAGAGAGUGGGAGUCAUUUUACAGAGAGCAAUUCUGAUUUUGCUGCUGGCUUGCUAUCUAUGUGUCCUAAGCUGGACCAUUCUCAUGAACACUGAACCUAUCCUGCUUGCCAUCAGUAAGGAUCCACACAUUGUGAAGGUCUCACAAAAGUACAUGAAGAUAUUCAUGAUAGCACUACCAGCAUCAUUUGCUUAUUGACUUGAGUCAAGAUAUCUUCAGAACCAGGAGGUAAUCUGGCCACAGGUCAUAUGUGGGGUAGUGGCAGUUUGCAUCAGUGCACUCACUAACUACAUAUUCCUGUUUGUCCUGGGCCUUGGUGUUGUUGGUUCAGCUGGAGCAAAUGUCAUCUCCCAAUAUUCCAUGGUUAUAACACUUUUCUUUUACAUUCAUUGGAAAGGCCUUCAUAAGAACACUUGGGCAGGCUGGUCCAAAGAGUGCCUGCAAGAGUGGGGUUGCUACAUCCGUCUAGCCAUCCCCAGCAUGAUCGUGAUCAGCAUGGAAUGGUGGACUUUUGAGAUCGGGGGAUUUCUGGCAGAUUUCUGGGUCGGUCUUCUCAUCUGUGUCUUCAUGCAGUUGGUGUUUGUCAUAACCUAUCUCGUUAAAAUGGACUGGAGGAAAGCCACUGAGGAGGCCUUAGAAAGAGCUGGGGUGCAGGUUAAUUUCACAGAAACAGAAGAGAGCCCCGAGGAGCAGCAGGUUGUCAGUGGCACAGCUGAGGGUCACAGCGACACACAUGUCCUGCAUGAGGCAGAGGAUGUGGUGGGUGUGACCACGGUUGGGAGACCUUUGUCAACCAGGGAGCUGGUGCUACGCCGAGGGCUGGCUGUAGGUGUCACUCUCACCAUUUUUACCGCAGGAGUCAUUACUCAUGUGCUGCUGUCCUGGAAUGAAUGGGACAUCCCAAAGCUAAGCUGA